AAUUAUCAAUCAAGCCUACACCUAGUAUCCUGCCCACUUCAGGUUUGAUGAGUGCCCAAGGUACCUUACGGAGUAAAAGCAGGUGCAUUUGGAUUGAUGUCUGUCAGAAUCCAAAACAUGUUGCCUGCUAAACUUAGAUUGGCAGGAUCGAGGCAGGAACGGCCCAAUGAUCGGCAAUGCGUCUUUCCAGGUUUCCCUUCCUAUCGCGCCACACCACCAACAAAUCAAUCUUCAACAAAGCACUGUCACAGUCCAUCUCAAGAUCAAGUGGUGCGAACAACCAACACCAGGACAACGACGCUGAUAUUCAUCGCAGGUUCGGACCCGACUCACAUGAAGCACAACAUCUGCAUCGCGGAUCUUGCGGUCAGUAGAUGUAUAGGUCUUCUGUCAUUUGCAGUGGCUCCGUCAACACGCCCAUGUUUGCUCCAGCGCAUGACGGAACGGGCAACCAACAAUGAAGUCGUUCCAUGUACGGAUACCCGCGAGUCAAUGCAACCGCUACCACUCCCACAUUCCUUUAGCAGCACAGAUGAUCGCCUGUGACAACUAGAGGAGCGACAAAACAUCCCACCAGUCUUACCCGCACAAUCCACAAGUCACUCAAGGGUUCAUUGUUAGCCACCAGAAAUAGAAUCUUCCUGAGCCCCUCGACAGGAUCCCCAAGGCUCAAGAGAGGCUCCGUUACCCGCGACAUCACAUGGCUUUACUGUUGUCUCCCUUCGAGCACCGGAGACUUCGAUGUGCCUGUAACAUUUGUCAUUGUAAGAGUCUGCCACAGUGCCACCCCUCUCAUCAGGCUGGCCCUACACCGCACUGCAUGUACGUAUGUAUACGUACGCAGUAAUUUCUGGAUUGAUCCUGUCAUUCUGCUUUCACCCCUGGCCAGGACUCCAAGUGCCGUCCUAACAAUAACGUUUCCAUGGAUUGUUUGGCGGAGUUUCUGAACUUUUGUUGCUCAUCGUCCCCACAAUCUCGAACUUGGAACAGAAACACAAGGGGUUCAGUUCAGUCAUCUGUCAGACUUGGCUGGAGAAGGUCGAAACAAGCCCAGCCACAAACUACAUAUGACAGCCUCUAGCUGAUUCUUGCCCUACUUGCGAAUGCCUCCUAGGCGGCCAUUUCGACCGCCUUCAACAAUGUCUUAACUCUUAUCUCUGAUCUGGCCAGACCAGCGACGGAUGCGUCGUUUUGAUACCUUGUCUCGCCUCACCUCGCUUCACCAUCACACGGCCCAGCCUUGCACGUGCCUUGUUACAUAUCUCACAGGGUAGAGGACGAUCAUCCUUACGAUCUCCCCAUUAUUCAUCCACUUUCUUCCUGUAACAAUACGUAUAAGCCUUCUUGGCCAAUGGUCCCUCAUCUCAUCAUGACCGUGUCUUUCAUUCAACACACGUCCUUGCCUCCCGCCCAAAUAUGCUUUUCCCAUGAAAUACCCCUGCAAUCUUGGAGGGCCAGUCAGAUCCUGGAGAAGAUUACACGUACAUCCUACCCACAGUGCAGCAUUGCACCCCUCUACACCCCUGUCAAGACUCUAUUGGCUCGUUCCCGCACAAGCCGCGACAACGGUUAUGCGCAACAUGCACUAAAGCCGCAACGUCGACGCAGAUUCAGAAAAUUCAAUAACAAUUUCAGAGAAAACCUAGCCCGGCACUGCACCCUUGAUUCAUCCUUGCGGUUCUUUGUAACUUGCAUCUUUGCUGACUGUAUUAAUUACGUCCAGGUCUCAUCACGAACAACAGCAUCGAUGCCUCAGCACCUCAACAGAUACCGUGUAGAUGCUCUAAUCUGGUGUCGUUCUCGACACAUGUCACUAUCCAUCGUGUCAGGCCCAGUUCGUCGCCAAUAUGCCAUAAGCAAGCUCAUGAAUCAGCUCGAAAGCUUGUUUCUGCUGUCCUAGCAUACGUAUGUAGUAGUAAAGAGUGGGAUAAGUAUCUCCGAUAUGGAACCCUGGCCCGUGAAUAUGCAGCACCAGAGAGCUCAGACAUGCAACGGAUCGCUCGUUCAACUCUCCGCCAGACAGCAUCAGAUAUUAACCCCACCUCUUGUUAGUCGUUGGUGUUCACUCCUGGCGCAGGCCCAUGGGUGCGUGGGCAAGCACCACACUUUUUGCUUUCUUAUUCUACACCUUCCAUGACAGGGGAAGUCCUCGAAAUAUGGUGACCUUGCUCGACCCCCCCUGGGCAAGGACAUGGCAGUGACGGCUUCAUUCGUCUGACUCCACCAUAAGGCGUGUUUUGACUUGCCAGCUUGGAUUCAUAUAUCCAUCCCCAGCCCAGCGUCAAUGUGAACAACAUUCUGGAUAUCACUCCUUCCGAUCGAAGACAUAUCAACUCUAUCUUUCUCCAGGUUGCGGUUUAUGUUCUUAUCCAUUCUUUUCAUUCCCCAGACUACAGGUCCCAGAGUCUUUCGUUUAAAUCAUCACCAUUUCGUUUCGUCCCCAGGAUACGAUAUCUGUUUCGUCGUCCCUACUUUAGGAUCACCUCUUCUUCACAUUCCUUUUCUUCUAAUCCAGUGAUAAUCUGCUGCAUGCUGACUCGCCGCUAAGCUAUCACGCCCUUGUUCAUCCUUCCGUUGCCAUCUCGGAAGUGGUUUCAACCUUUCUGCAGCAGGCCGACCCGUCCGUGAAAGCAAGGCAGAAACAUUGAGGGGGCACUGUGUUGGUGUACCUGUCUAGCUACACUCGUCGGUCUCACGACCAUUCUUCUCAUUUAAGUUGGGCUUAUCCCCCUUCAACAUACCGUCCAAAUGCUUGUCACAAGGCAGUACGAAACAGAACAUAGCCGUUGGCCAUUCAGCAGAUACGAAGCAUCUCUUACUUCGACAAGCCCUCGCAUGUCUAAUCCUUACGAUGUCAAUGUCGAGCUGCCGGCCCCUACGAGCUGGCAAGCACACGAUCCAACUACUUCCCACAGUGGUAGUGGACCUGCACAGCAACAUCAAUCACGGAACGAAGCCUCAAGACUUUCCCUAAUGCGCCACCCAGCAGAAAACAGAGGCAAUGCUCUGGGAAUUCACAUGAGGCCCGGGGCGACUCAGAUGUACUCACCCCAUCUCCAGACGAUAGACCGAGGUGGGAUGUCGUUGCCAGGGCCCAGGGACUCGGUCCUUCAAAAUGAUAGCUACGGGAUGAAACCCAGUACCGCAAAUAUGGAGGACGUGAUUAGUUCAGGGCUGAUCAGCACCUCAAAAACAGCCAUUAAUAGUACGUUCGUGCCACCAAGUCGCCAAACAAACGACCUCUCGUCCACUCAAUCCAGCCAAGGAGCAAGAAUCGACUCGCCACAGGAUGAAGAGGAGGACGACCUCGAUGAUGACGAUAUGCUUGAUGGGGAGGGAGAGCAUUCAGCCCAAACUCCGGCAGAAAGGGCGGCUGCUCGACGCAAGAUGAAGCGAUUCAGACUCACCCACCAGCAAACACGGUUCCUUAUGAGUGAGUUCGCAAAACAGCCUCAUCCAGAUGCGGCACACCGUGAGCGGCUCUCACGGGAGAUUCCUGGCCUCAGUUCGCGCCAGGUCCAAGUUUGGUUCCAGAACAGACGUGCCAAAAUCAAGCGGCUGAAUGCUGAUGAUCGCGAUCGUAUGAUAAAGAUGAGAGCAGUCCCUGAGGGAUUUGACAAUGUCCAGGCCCUCCAUUCCCCCUACGGGGCAGUCCAUGGCAUGAAUGCUCCUAUGCCCUCACCAGGACACUUCAAUACACAAUCGUAUGCCCAGCACAUGAUAAGACCCUUGAUCGUCGACGGACGAAGGCAUGAUACAAGCGAACAUGCUUCUCCGACCGCAAUGACCCCAGGAUUUGGUGGGAUGGGGUACAGCCCCGCCGGUAGUUUGACAAGCUCAGGUCUUGCAUCGCCGCUUUCACCAGCUCCGAGUGACCGAUAUCCCUAUGGCGGCCACUUCACAGCCCCUCUUACAGGCAGCCCGAGAACAUCGCACCCAUUUGCGCAACACCAUGGGCUUGGAACUCCUGUUGAAAUUCAUCGAUCGAGCCCCCAGCCCAUCCCGCCUCCUCUGCUUCGCGACCCCCUCUGCAGGGCCAGAUCGGAAUCCUCACAGUCGCCGCUGCGACCCAAUAUGCCAUGGAAAGGGGAUGCAGUUGACUAUUCCUACAGGGGGACAAACACAAGCCCGAACCUCUCAGACCGACACCCAUCUAUCUAUCACCCUGCACCACUCAGCAACCCCUCUAUUACCAUGAGUGGCUACGAUGCAAACUCAGUUCCCGGCUCCAGGGCUCCUCCCGAGAACCAAGUUCACAGAACAGAAAUUUGAUGACCAUCGAUGGGGAGCCCGUGGCCAUUGUACUCCAAUAGCCAAGCCCUAGUCUGGCAGUUCCAAGUUGCCGACGCUUCAAACAGCUUGUGGACAAAUUCUGCAGGAUGUUGUUACUAUAGGCCUAGCCCAUAUGCCGUCUAGGAUCCCUCAUAAGGGAGUAUAUAUUUCUCCUUCAUACUCUUCGAUUUGGCCUUCAUUCCUUUUAUUUGCAGUACCUGCUGUUAUCUGUUUAAUUCUUUCCUCUCUUUUUUUUCCCCCUUCUUUUUUUCUUUCUCUUUUUGGUUUGCAUUGUGAAGUGCACCAGGUGCAUCAGGGCGUAUAAUGUUUUAUCUUAGAAUUGAUGAUUUCGGUAUCUGGUAACGAUCAUGACCCUUUCUUAUGUUCAGGGAGUAAGUCAAAUGGCAUGAUGAUGAACAUCUAAAGCUGGGAUUUAGUGAAAAGUGGAGGGCGCAAUCAUUGGUGGCAAUCGGCGCAAUUAUUGUUCUGGUUUGGCUUUUGGCAGACUGGUUUCUGUUCCCUUUUCAGGUUGGUUGAGCAAGUUGAUCCUAAGUAGUUAGUUUGCUAGAUCGGCGUCGGCCCAGGUGGCAUAACCGUUGACAGCUUGUUCCAAAGAAUAAAAACAAAUUUCAAGGAAUAA